UUCAGCGGGGCAGGUUGGCCGCACUCAGGCUCGCGCUCCGCCGCUCGCCGGCAACUUUCCGACACUAACUUUUGACACAAGUGAAGUGGACAUUUCGAUAGCGUUACAUAUUUUUGAUUGUGUUUUAUGUUCAUGUUUAGUUCCUUUUUAACCAACUUUUAGGACACCGAUUCUCAUUAGUCUUAACAGCUGGGUCAUGCCGGGAAGAUUUCACCAGUGCUGCUAAAAUACCGGUCAAGAUUCCCAAGUCCCGCCAGAAAGCGCCGAGAUGCAACCGAAAACGAAGAGAUAAGAAAUAUAAGGACGAGAGACCGAGGAUGUUCUCUCUGUCGGAGGGGUGCGGGUGCGUGAGCUUCCGCGGGGGGAGGAGGAACCGCUCCCUCGGGGACGACUCCUCGUCCUGCCGCAGCUCGGAAAUCGAACAGGAAGUUCCUAAGAAGUUGGGGAGGAGGCUCCUCAAUGGAGAGUGUAAUGUGAGAGCUCUUGUGCCUUUCUUGAAGUUUUGGAAGAGGGAUGACGUCAGUAUGACGAAGGCUGAAAGAACCAUGAAAGCGGCCAUUCUGAUCCAGCAAUGGUACCGGAGGUACCUGGCGCGGAUGGAGGUUCGGAGACGGUACACAUGGACCAUAUUCCAAAGCAUCGAAUACGCUGGAGAGCAGGACCAGGUCAAACUAUACAACUUUUUCAACGCGCUGUUGAGCCACAUGAGGGACAGUAGCGGUCGGGUGUCAUCGGAGCGUACGUCGCGGACUGCUUCUGUGUUGGAGCAAGUAUUCUCGGAGGAGUCGGACGAGGGCGGGGGCGUCGACGAGACGGCGCCGCCGAAGCCGACCCGCGGGCCCGACAUCGAGUUCCCGCUGCAGCGGAAGGAUAUCGACCUACUCAUUGAGGCCUUUAGGAAAAAAAAGAAUCGAUUUGAACUAUACUCGACAUUCCAGCACCGUCUACAUGCGAAGCACGUGGCACAGAUUCUAAAGGAAGCCACUCAAGUACUGAAGAGGCUGCCGAACAUCAACGUGGCCACUACUUCGAUCUCGAGUCAGAUUACAGUCUGUGGCGACCUGCACGGGAAACUCGAUGACUUGCUCGUCAUUUUUCACAAGAAUGGAUUACCGUCGCCGGAGAAUCCUUACAUAUUCAACGGGGAUUUCGUGGACCGAGGGAAGAAGGGCUUGGAGGUGUUCCUGCUCCUGCUGGCUUGCAUGCUGGCGUUUCCCGGAGGGGUCUACCUCAACCGCGGCAACCACGAGGACUUGAUUAUGAACCAAAGGUAUGGUUUCAUAAAAGAGGUUCAUCAGAAAUAUAGGCACAACGCCGAGCGCCUGCUGAAGCUGAUAGAAGGCGUGUACCGCUGGCUGCCGCUGGGCACCAUCAUCAACAACCGCGUGUUCGUGGUGCACGGCGGCAUCUCCGAUACCACGGACUUGGACAUGAUCCGUAGCUUGGAGAGAGACAAAUACGUGUCCCUCCUGCGACCACCAGUCACGGAGAACUGCGCGCCAGGCUCCGAGGUCAUCGAUAAGGUGGAAUGGAAACAGGUUUUCGACAUCCUCUGGUCAGACCCGCAGGCCGUGGGCGGCUGCGUAGCCAACGCGCUUCGCGGCGCCGGCACGUACUUCGGUCCCGAUGUGACGACGGCGUUCCUGCAGAAAAAUAAACUUAGCUUCUUGAUACGCAGCCACGAAUGCAAGCCCGGCGGGUACGAGUUGUUGCAUAAUGGAAACGUUAUCACAAUCUUCUCCGCAUCCAACUACUACGAGUUGGGGUCCAACAAGGGUGCCUACUUGAAGCUCUGUGGCAACUCGCUCGAGCGGCAGUUCGUCCAGUACACAGCUGCCGUGUCGCGCACGCGCCGUCUCACGUUCCGGCAGCGUGUCGGCCUCGUCGAAUCCUCAGCCAUGCGGGAGCUGCACAACAUCAUUAUGGCCUCGCGGAGGCCGCUCGAGGCCUACUUCCGCAGUAUGGAUGUGGAGCAAAGCGGAUACAUCCCCAUCAGCGACUGGUGCGCGGCCAUGGAGGAGACGACCCACCUCGGGCUGCCGUGGCGCAUGCUCAAGGACAAGCUCGUGCGCACCGACCCCGACACGCGACGCGUGCGCUACAUGGACACCUUCGAGCUCACUGCUAACAAACUGGCACGUAAAGCAGACACCCAGACGGUUGUGGGCACUCUUUACAAAAACAAAACAAGUUUAGAAGCUAUUUUUAAAAUCUUAGACAAGGAUAACUCAGGCUACAUAACUCUUGAGGAGUUCUCGGAAGCGUGUCAGCUCCUCGGUAAAUACAUGCCGAACCCGAUGACGCAAGAGCAGCUAGUGGACAUCUGCCGCCUGAUGGACAUUAAUAAAGAUGGCCUCGUCGACCUUAACGAGUUCCUCGAAAGCUUCCGGCUCGCUGAAAAGAGCCUCGAAGGUGACGACGAGGAGGACACUUGACAGGAGCCCGGCCGCCGCCCCUGCCGGACGGCGGUCGAUCGCGACGAAACCGGCGUCACGGUUGAGGUACUCAAACUAGACGAACAUCCUAAGGUCGGCAAGAAACCCAACAAAAAUGGAUUGGCCCGUGCCUUUGGUGAGAGCGUUCCCAGCGUAUCCCAGCAGAUUGAAGAAAUAGAGUUGAUAGAUUGUGAGGAGACGCCGCGCCGGCCGGGCCUGCUCGAAAGCGACAUGUAACCUCGCUGCUUCAAAUACAGACUCUUUAACAGAAGCAUUUACUUGCGAUUUUGAAUAUGUAUCUUUUCUUGUUUCUUGCUAAAAGACUUGUUUCUUGCUAAAAGAAAGAGUACCUAAGUGUCAAGCUGAAUAAAGCGGUGAUAAGUUCUACUAUACCGCACGUAUGUGGAUAAUUAUCUAUUUUGAUAGUAAUACCGGUUGUAUGGAUUUCUGUUGCAAAGUUUUGCUUAGAUGUUUAUAAGAUGAGAAUAUUUUAUAUACUUAGGUACCUACGUGUGCGUUGUUAUAUUAAAUUGAAGCUAUAGCAGUGAUAAACUUUUUUAAAGCUGUUUCUACUGUCUUAAACAUGGCGGCGUCUAUAUAAAUGGUUCUUGGCUAUGGAUAUCUGCCCCUCUAGCACAACUUGCCUUGUCGCGCGCGAGUCCAUACUUGAAGUCGCGCUUGAUGCAUGGACUCGCGCGCGACAAGGCAAGUUGUGCUAAAGGGUCUGAAAGGACUUUAUAUUACGACGUCGACAAUCGCUAGCGUUCCGAAUAUUUAUUGUAAAUGAACUACAUAGGUAAUAUAAGAAAUUUGAAUGAAUACUCAUACCAUGCUAGUGAUUUAAUAUACAACUUCUGAUACAAAAUGUACCGUAAAACCGUUUAUUGUUGUCAUCAAGGAUGAAUUUGUCAAUAGAGAAAUCAUGAAAUAAUAUACAUUUACAUACCUACCAUCAUCAUAUUACAAUGCUGUUUGGUAAACGCAUGUAUUAUAUGUAUAGAUGGUGGUUUGAGUUCCUAUUAUUUGCUAUUACUCGUAGUCUUUAUAUUUCUACAGGAUCCGCGAUUCUAUUAAUCUUAGUCAAAUUAAUUUUGACUUCUUGUGAAAAGGGGAUAGUUUUGCGAGUACGGUAUAGUCAAGGUAUGAUAAAUCGAUUUACAUACAAACUAUCACAAAUAUGUGUAUACGACCAUAUUGCUCAUAUGUUAAGGUUACUUAUUAUAUGCACAUGUUUUUGAUAAUGUGAUUGUGUCGAUAUUGGAUUAGUUAACUGUACUUAUCUAACUGUACCUAUUACUCAAUUGUUCUUCCUUUGUGUAAAUAAAUGUUUGUAAAAUUGUCCUUUUAAAGUUUCGCUUUUACCAAAAACUAUUAGGAUCUACCUUAGACCAAUGUUUAAGAAUAAGUAUGAUGAAAUUAAUAACUCUCUGGUUUUAACUUUGUCACUAAUGUCAAGAAUCGGUGCCAAUUAAUGAGCAAAUUAGGUAAAAAUAUUGUAUUCGUAUGUUCAGUAACAAAAACAAAUUAAUUGAUAAAAAAAACUAACGAAUGGGAACAAUAUCAUUAAAUCCUUUACUCAAUUUUAACGAUACAUACUUUGUACUUGUAUUUUAUAGGACCUACGGAAAUAAUAAUUUUUAUAUUCACAAAAGCUGCACCGUAAAUAUUUUUCCAAUUUUAACUAAGUAUCUAUUUAUUAGCCACUAUAAAACGGUGCAGUGCCACUGAUGUUGUAGAGAAAAUAUUUACUUAGGUAUUUGAAAUAACUAAUCAAAUUAUAAACAAUUUUAAUAUAAGGUAUAUGCCUAUUUAUAAAGAUUAACAUUUUUGGCGUGUCUAAGUCUUAGUAAGAGUACAUAGUACAUUUUCAUAUACAUAUCUCUGUAUUCAAUUAUUAAGCAUUCCAAUGCAGUAGGGUACCAGGCAAUCGCGUCGCGUUUUUAAAUACCUAGCCUUUUUAGCCAAAGGCAAGUAAUUAUGCAUUUCGGGGAUUUUUCUCUGUAGCCUGAAUUGUAACUAUUUGUAUACCUUCUCUAUUAUUGUCUAUAAAAUACUCUUUAUUGUCUUUAAUAUAAUGUACUUAAGUAGGUAAUCGAACAGUAACUAUUAUCCACUAUUUGUACAGUCGAAGUAUUUAUUUUAUUUUUAUAAAGUAUCUUGUUACAGUGACAAUAGUAUAAACAACUUUCAUAUUGAUCUGUAGUUUGUUUAUGUGGUCUGUGGUGGGUUGUGGUAAUUUGUAUUUCAUUGCAGAUUUAUCCGAUAUUCAACUGUACACUGUCUACAUACAUAUAAUCAACAUUUGAAAAGAUUCAUAUAUAUUAUGUAAUAUCUGUGACUUAUCCAGCCACGAGAUUGCCCGAAUCAUCUCAUCAUCGAAAUCGGUUCCUGUGACAAGGCACUAAAAAUAAAAUCCUUUGACUGUACUAUUUUAAACCAUUCUUCUUCAACGAUUAUUCUAACAUUAUGGAAUUGUAGCAACUACGCCGAUUUUAUCGUAAUUGUCCAUUAAAAUGUGAUAUUGCU